CAGCCUCACCCAAACUUACUCCACCACCACUUUACCAUCAUCACACCGAAAUGAACGCACCGUCUAAAGAUGACCUCCCAUUAUUUGGGGACAAUUUUGACGGGUUUCCGAAAAGGCUGCCUGACGACUGUGUCGAGUAUGCUUUGUUUGUCGUCGACGCGAAGCUGAAGUCACCGAAAGAAUUAGUAUCGCGAUUGGAAGUGAUACGCAAGGAAGCGCUGAAGCUGGCAGGUGGCCUCCUGCAGGAAUACAUAUGGCAGCGGGAUGGGUUCACAUUGGAGUUGGACAAGGAAAAAGGUGCGGGCUGAUCCCCUCCACAUGUCCGCGCGAGGCUAACGACAGCAUUUUAGGGAUGCAUCUUCGGGGGAUGACAAACUUUGGGGACUCAGUCGACGACGAAUGGCUUAUUGUAUAUAUUCUCAAAGAAUUGAGCAAACGAUUCCAAGACUUAUGGAUCAAAAUUGUGGACACAGAUGGCGAGUUCUUGCUGAUUGAAGCCGCCAAUGCCUUACCCCGAUGGCUGAAUCCAGAGAUUGCAGAUAACAGGGUCAGUAAUCUGUUCGCACAACUACAGGCAGGCAUGGACUUAUUUGGAUGAUAGGUAUGGAUUCACAACAACAGUUUGCGUAUCAUACCUAGGAGUGCAGCUACUUCGACGACCUCUGCGACGGCUCAGAUUUCCCGAUCUCUCACGCUUGAAGAAGCCCAUGAAACCAUCUCGAAAACUCCUGCUGUUCUGAUAAACUCGCCACUUAUCGAAGCAGAAGCAUUUUAUAGGUUACGAAACUAUCCUGCGCAGAUUGCUACUUCUUUACACUAUGCUGUUGUAGUAUUACCCGGAAAACUAGCCUAUGUUUUACACGAUCGACCCGCGUCCAUAGCCCCAGCGACGGAAGCUUUUUACCUCCGAGACCCCAUUGCAUUAAAGCCUCUACAAACGACGUCUACUAAACUGACAUUCAUCCCCGAAGACUUAAUCACAGUUUCGGUUCGGUUCACGCGGGUUCUCUAUGCCCAGCUGAAAUCCCAACAAUUUUCCGCUCCACUAGCAUGGAAAGACUUGUUAUUAAAGGCCGAAAAGGAAGCCAUUUCAUGCGACACAAAGAGGAAAGAAUACACAAGACUCGAAAUGGGCAUGAAGGUUACCUCCGGUUUUGAAAUGUUACUCAAUGACCCCAAGAACGGAGAUAAUCGCGCAGUGCGCGAGAUCCGAAUACUACUUGAUGAUCUAGAAGCCGGGGAUGAAAUUCUGCCCACAGACGAAGUAAUUGCAAAGUGGAGAGAUAUAACAAGAGAAGAUGAUGAGAGAUGGCUUGAUAUUAAUUUCGAAGAUUUUGAACGGGAGUUAGACGGGAAAAGCAAGGAGAAAAAGGCAGGAGCAGCACGUAUGUUUGGGCCUGAAUCUUCGGGGGGGGUUGGAGACGCCAGAACCCAGACAGACUUGAAGAAAAUGGUUGACCGAUUUGAGUCAUUUCUCAAUGAUGAUGAAGCUGGUGUUGAUGGAGCGGAGGUUGAUGACAUGGAUAUCGAUGAUGACGACGAUAGUGACGAAAAUAGCGAUGAAGAUAGCGACGAGGAAGACAAGGAGAUGAGUUUUGACGAGAACGAGUUUUCGAGAAUGAUGAGGGAAAUGAUGGGAUUGCCCGCUGAAGAAGACAUGACGACCGGCAAAGGGAAAAGUACAGCAGCACCAAAACCCAACAAAAAAAAUCGAGUUAAAGAACUUCUUUCAGAUGAGGAAACAGAUGACGAGAACGAAAUAGCAGAAAUCCAAAAAUUGAUGAAGAGCAUGGAAGUGGAACUGAAUGAGGCCGGGGCCCUCAACCUAGAUCCUGCUCCUGGCAAGAACCCAGCAAUUGGAAGCAAAGGAACGUCUAAAAAGACAACUAAAGAUACGGACGAAUCAGGUGAAGAGAGCGAUGACGAUGAUGUCAAUAUUGACUUCAACCUCGCGGAAAACCUUCUUGAAAGCUUGAAGAGCCAAGCAGGCAUGCCAGGCCCAGGCGGCAAUUUGAUGGGAAUGAUGGGAAUGCAAUUGCCACGCGAUGAAGAGGAACCAAUGACUGGGAGGAAAUCAUAACAUUAAUUUUUGACAAUUGUAUACGGUUUAUUAAUAGAGGACUGGAUAAACCAAUCGGGGUAUCGUACUUCAAGAUCACAACCAAAGAUGACCAACGCCGAAACGCCCUACAGUGACCCUUUGCCAAUCCUACUCCUUCAACUUUGCCUUCUUCGGACUCUAUACCAUCUCCUCGCCAGAUGGCCUCCGGCCUCUCUUCAGCACGUCACAUGGGAUAAGAUCCACCUUCUCUAGUUCGGCUAAAACACUCGUCAACUUUCUCCGACCAUCGAGUUCUUUCCUACUGCUAUCGAUUUGUGGUCGAUAGUGCUCUGUUACUAUGCUUACAGCGGCGCUGAAGACCCGAUAUAACAGUAAUCGUAUUCCGACAUUCUUCUCAUCCUCCACCACGCUUUCUCCGCCUCCAUUCCAUCCUUCUAAAAAGCCUUCGGACGGCUUGUCAAAAGCGUCUGCAAUCAGUGGAUCGCCGAAGGCCCCCAGACUCCAACUACGGAGACCAGUCAUCUUGAUCUCUUUGCCGGAGUAAGAUGCACAGUCCUCACCCCCUCUUUCCACCAUGACGUUCCGCUCACUGCUCACGUCGAGCACGACCAAACGAGGUAUUGUGACGGCAUCCAGAUGCCAUGAGAGUCGUCGACAGUGCGCUCGGAUGAUAGCAUAAGGAAGGAGUACCAAUACGUCUUCGCCAUCUCGCAGAAUGCCUUCUAGUAACAGAUUAAAAGCUUCCGACCACUUUUUGCACCCGACUGGUGGUGAAGGUAGUGCUGCUUGGGGACCGGAAUUCUUGCCAUAUGGAUCAGGAAGCACAUGACUAACAGUGCCGAAAGUGCCAGUAGGGGAUGUGAGCGAAGCAAGUGCCCGAGCCAUGGACCCAAUUUGUUUGUCAAUCUCCCGACGCUCAGGAAUACUGAGAUAUACAGAUAGUGUGGAAAGUGGAACACCACCAGUUGGUUCGGAAAUUGUAUAAGGAUAUGCCAAUUCCCUAUUAUUCGAAGAGGACUUGAGAAUCUUGGGAAUCAGAUUUGAAACUGUUUUCGAGCCCGGGGUAUCAAUCUCACUGCAUGGUGAGACCGCCCUUUCCAAAGUUCUUUCUGUUCCAGCAAUGAAGUGGACUAGUGUCGCUUCAGACGAGAUGAUUGCUGCUUCUUGUCGAAGUAGACGUGUCAUGAGACUUGGUGCGAACGAGAGAAGUAGUUUGCGGUCGUCGGACAUAUUGAGCUGGUAUAGUCUCGGAAGUUGUGUUGAUGAAAUUUCUUCGACAGGACCCAGAUUUGCGGUUGGUACCACAUGGCUGAGAAUCUCUUUCAGCCUUCGGACUGGUAGGCUGUACAUGUGUGAAGUUAUUUGCGGUCGAGGAGGCACAACUGUCCUGGGAGAUGACAUUUUCGAUACAAGCAACUCAAUACUGCGGCGACUUUGUAUUGAUAAAGACAUGGGAAUAUUUGGCCGUGAUGUACUGCGAGAGAGCGGAAAGACACGCUUAUGGCUCAACAAGUAGCUGAACCAAGGAUGCAACAAGAUUUUGCAACAAAGUCCUUCCCGUCGAUUGUGGUCCUUGAUGCGUUCGCGUGUUGCGUUUGGUGUAAAUUACGAGAUUUUUGGUCUCCUCGAACAGAUAUCCUUUAUCGAAAAGUGGACGGGAGCGAAAAACAGCUAAAAGGAACGUAAAGCAGGCGGGCGAAGGGAGGCGAUUCACAUAUCAGAAAGAGUAUUUAAUAUUCGAUCAGACACCUUGAGCGGUAAGUACUCGUACAUCCACAAUGCAAAACCGGGACAAACCAACAAAGCAAGGAUACGUCUAUAAGCAUGUUCCCACCCGAAGGAAAGCGAUACGGUACUUUCGGUACCUUCAGCUUGUCACUCCCAGAGAUGUGAUGAAACUCGGUCUUAUCCAUGACCUUGGAGCCUUGAGGGGAAGAGGGCCAGACCGAUUGGGUACAAAGGAAGCGAGGAAGCUGGACCGAUUCAUGGGGAAGAAGAAAAAAAGUUCUACUGUACCGAAAAAGGCACAAUUACUUGAGUGUGAUUGCUGGUACCGUACCAGCAGGUAUCCACUACCCUGACAGUUGGGCUCCCGGAAUCUUACGCUGUGCCGCCCGGUGCGCAUGGGCGGCGGGGGAUCGUACAGAGAAGCGGUGGGGAUGGACAUUGGCUUCUUACCUCAUCUACCUACGCGAGAGGUGGGGUUAAUUGGUUUAUCAUUGUUCGUCAAGUAUUGGACGAAAUAUCAAAUUGCCCUCCAUGACUUCUGUUUUCCCCCUCUUACAAGCCCGAGGAAAACGUUCUCAACACUAGACUUUUGAUGUGAAAAAGAGGUAUCGGGGGUAGUUCCGCCGUAAGGCGGGGUUCCUCUAUUCCUGGAUACGGUGGUUUUCUCCGGGGCGGACUCAAGACAGGUUCAUGGGGACAGGCUUGAAAAUCUCCUGCUGGUCACACUUUGGCCAGAUGGGAAGAAACCUUGAAUGCCAUGAAAAUCAUGAAGGGAAAACAUGGGGGUUUAAGACAACGUCAGAUCGUUCGAAUGCGGCUUGCAUCGGUUUUUUCUCGAUACAACAGAUUUGCACUUCCAAUUCCGACUACUCGUAUCCGGUCCCGUCGUGGGCACAAAGUCAAUAAUAUCCCAAGGACGUGGUUCGCAAGAUAAAGCUAACAAAAGGGCAUUGGGUGGGCCGAGGCUAGAUCAGCCAGUUCGAUCAUCUCAAAACGAUUGCCCUAAAUUUUGUCCAGAAUUGCACUUUGAACCUCUGGAUAAGAUGCUGCAACUCCAGCUCGAGGCGACCAACUCAUCAAAGUUGUGUCAAGGGAAAACCAAGCCAAGACCGUUUUUCCCCAGCGACACCAUUUCGAGAAGAGGUCUCGUUAAUUUUGAGCUGAUGUGGUUAGCACGUUGAAUAUACAGACUGAGGAUCUCCCGAUUGGUAGCGAGUUAGCGAACUUGCUGUCUCAGGGGUGUCACGGACGGGAAUGGAUAGAAGUUGGAACAUGCAAUUGGUUGAGGGCAAUGGAGGGGUACCAUCACAGUAAGUAAAAGGGGAAAAGCCACUAAAUCUAUUGUUUGUCGCAGGUAAAAACAAAGGCAUCAUGAGAAUAAAAUCUUUUGUGAAUAUACUGAUGGUACAGGUUUUGAGAAACUUGGGGAAAACUUACUGUAUAGCAGGCGAUAAUAGAAGACGGGUUGCCAAAUGUCGAAUCUACUCCGGGGCGGGCCGCUACAUACGAAACAGGCAACCGGGUUCCUUCUUGCCUCAGCUGAAGAUAUACAUAAGUGCAAAGCGACAGUGGUUUGAGGGGUUUAAUUUUGGGAGUAUGUACAUGCGGCACGGCAAUGACGCUCGGGAAAGAUUGCUACUCUCCGACCGCAUGAGGCUCAUGCAACGCACCGAAAAGAUCUAGAAAAAUUGCCGAUAUCUCCUACUUCGAUUCCGAGGAGUCGGCAGUGAGGGUAGCCGUAUCAUUGGAAACCUCAGCCUUGGGGCCCUCGUCCUUAGCAACCUCGUCUUUAGAGUCCUCCUUUCUCUUUCCGCCUCGCUGCGCAGUUUCAGACUGAGCUGCUGGUUUUUGAAUGGGUUGGUAGAGCUCGGAUAGAUUAUAUCGUUUAAGUGAUUCCCAAUCACCUCCUACGACGCUCAUGCCGCAUACAGUCUAAGUUUUGUGUUAACAGAUGAAUGCAUUGAAAGUACAACGUAGCACUGCAUGUCGCUGAAAUUGGAGAGUGCGGAGGAUUGAGAAUUGUCUAGGGUAAAUCCUUACCUGGUAAAUUUCGACUAUAAUCACUUUGUCAGGUUUAGUGAGGUUGACAGGAUGUAUAUCUUUGAUGGAAGAUGCAAUUUGUUCGAUUAAAGGACCUCGUUUGAGAGAUGUGUGGUUGCGAAUAGUGGGUCUUAUUGCAUACUGGUUUACAGUUAGCGCCCAGAAGUAAUCUAAUAUUCUAAAGAAGAUGCAUCUGCAUAGCAAUUUUGCUUCUCAA